UAAAACCUUAAAAAAUAUUUUAAUAAAAUUAAAUUAUUUUAAAAUACAGUAAAUUAAGUAUGUGUAAGAGGUGUAUGUUUUAACGUAGGUUAAUCGGUAAAAUAACGUCAUUUGAUUUUAAUUCGAUGACUACGCAAUAUUGUAUAGAUAUUUAAAUAGAUACUAUUCAUGGAUCAAUAGUACCUAAAGCUAUGCCGAUUCGGUAUUCAUUUAUAUUAGUUAAACAGUAGUCAGUGUUGGUGUUUGACAUUUAGCAAUGAAGUGGUUGGUGCUGCUGUCUCUGAUCGUGGCCAAUGUGGUGAGGGUGCCUACUCCCGUGGUGAAGACAAGCGGCGGGUUGGUGCGCGGACGCCUCUCCGAAGACGGCCUCUUCUACACCUACUUCGGCAUCCCCUACGGCUACGUCGGUGACGAGAACAGGUUCAAGGCGCCGCUGCCGCCGCUCAAAUGGAAGGGCAUCUUCGAGGCCAUCGAGGAACACGUGCGCUGCCCGCAGAAGAUGCUCGGCUCUGUAGUGGUGGGCGACGCGGACUGCCUGCGUCUCAACGUGUACACCCCCGCCGCGCCGCAUUUCGCGCCGCUGCCCGUUAUGGUCUACAUCCACGGCGGCUGCUUCUUCGAGGGUGCCGGCACCGCCUUCCUCUACGGCGGAGACUACUUCGUGGAGCACGGCGUAGUCUUCGUCGGCAUUAACUAUAGGCUUAACGUGGAAGGCUUUCUCUGCCUGGGCAUAGAGGAGGCGCCGGGCAACGCCGGUCUCAAGGACCAGGUGGCAGCGCUCCGUUGGGUCAGGGACAACAUCCGGGCGUUCGGCGGUGACCCCGGCAGCGUGACGCUGUUCGGGGAGAGCGCCGGCGCUGUAUCCAGCUCCUACCUCAUCUCCUCGCCCGCCGCCCGAGGCCUCUUCCACAGAGUCAUCCUCCAGAGCGGGUCGUCCCUAGCGUCUUGGGGAAUGCAGCAGGAUCCGAUCAAAACUGCCAGCAACAUUGCUAAAGAAUUCGGUUACUCCACCGUAGACCCCCGUGAGCUGUACGAUAUCCUCUCGCGGAGGAGUCCCGAGGAGUUGAUCCUGGCAGUGCGCAACCCGCAGCACAAAAAUUAUAUAACGGCAGAGACUCUCCUGGCGCCCUGCAUAGAAAAGCCAAUCCCCGGCGUGGAAGCCGCAGUGACGGGGCACCCGCUCGACGUCAUCGCCUCUGGAAACUACACCAAAGUCCCCAUGAUAAUCGGCUUCAAUGACAACGAGGGCAUCUACUUCGUAGCAAAAGAUUACGGCACCAGAGUGGAGGAAGUGAACCCCUUCGAGCUCCUCUCCCCGGACCUCGAGUUCCCGGGCGAGGAUUCACGAAACUCUACCGCCGAGAUGUUGCAGAACUAUUACUUCUCUUCUAAAAAGGAAGACAUGAUAAUGAGCGUAGUGGAGCUGUACUCGGAUCUGUACUUCAAGUUCCCCGCCGUGAUCGAGGCCGAGCUGUACUUGCGCACGUCGCCGCUUCCCAUAUACCUGUACGUGUUCCAGUACAGCGGCUACAUCAACUUGCCCAAACAGGUGUCGCGCUUCGGUGGCCGGCGCGGCGCCUCGCACGCAGACGAACUUUUCUACAUGUUCAAGCCGGCCUCCUUCCCCCUGCCGCAGCGCUACCUGGAGACGUCCAUGAUCCGGCGCAUGGUCACGCUCUGGACCAACUUCGCCAAGUACGGUGAUCCGACCCCACAGAGGUCGCAGUUGCUGCCGGUGAGGUGGCGUGCGGGGCGCGCGACAAGCCCCAGCGCGCUGGUGAUAGACCGCGCGCUUAGCACCGCGCCUAUGUGGGACGAACGCGUCGUGAGCCUCUGGAACCACACGUACGCCAAGUACCGUCGCAGGAGCUUCGGCCACUACGGCCUCGUGCGAGAUGCGGCCGCCCUCUCCUAACUGCACGCGCGAGGAGCACUGCACUGCACUGCACUGCACACGUGGCUCUAUUGUGCACUACUGGGACAGACAUCUCAUUGUGCGUGCGUACUAUUUAAAUGCCGUGAAAAAAUGUUAAAGUAUACGAAGCCUACGAAGAUGUACGUUCAAAAUAUAUACGGUCGCAAGAGUAAAUUAUGUUUAUUAUCUACAUAAAGUGUUGCCAAAUGGUACCUACAGUGUUACUUCAUUUAAUUAAAUUGAAUAAUUUGUUCAAUGACUGUCAAUUCUGUGAUUGUCAUGGGACCUCGUGCCAUGUGUUUACAUAUAUAUUUUUGUUCCCUUUGAAAUACUGCAGCGAAACCCAAAGCACGUACUCUGAGGUACCUACAUAGAUUAACUUUCGUAAAGGUGAUAGUUUCUAGUCCUUUGUGCAAUAAGUUUAUAUACAGUGGUUAUUUAUAUUAACGUGGUGUUAUUUAAUAAAUAUUUCAUUACA